AUGCAGAAGCAGAGAUGGGAUCUUCUGAUUCAGCAAAUCAAAGGCCUGCCUGUAUGGCUGCUCUGGAGGGCCACGGUGAUAUUGGGGCGUGAGGCGGGUUGGAGUGAGAAGAGCUGGAGGAUCUGUAGGGGGGUAGAGCGUCAGGCUGGAGCUGCAGAUUAUUCUGGAAAUUGCCAGCUGCAGUCUCUGCAAUCGGGAUCAAACCGGUUCCGGAUGGGGGAGGAGGAAGUCACUGUCGAUUUUUGUCAAGGCAGCCUCUGCCUGUGUCUCCCGGCUGAGUGCAAUGACAUUCGCAAGGCGAUGGUGGAAAUGUCCCACAACCUCAUCCUUGCCUUAAUAAUUCAGCAGUGCAUGUGCUCUUUGUGGAGCUGA